AUGAUAGGCUCUUGGCCUGUUUCUCAAAAUGUUAAAGUGGAUCAUCACCCCGCUGCAGGCCAUUGGUUUGCUGCUGGUCUCUCUCCUAAUAUUUCAGGAAGGAAUCGAGUUGCCCUCCAUAACAGCCCACAUUAUCCAGUGGUGCCUUAUACACAUGCUGGUAGCUAUGGCAGUUUGGGAAGCCAUGGUAGCUAUAAUGAUGGUACCGGGCUUGGAAGCAGCUAUGGAAGCUAUGGAGAUAACACUAAUAUGCUUACAUUUUAUUCUCCAGUGGGUCCAUCUGGGAUGAAUAUCCAUGCACAGGGUGGUGGGUCAGUACUUGGAACCAGUCCUGAUGCAAGGCGGAGAAUUAUUCAGUUACCUCCUGGGAAUGGGCUUGGAGUCAGUCCAGUGGGAAAUUUUGUGCCAAUGUCACUUGGCACUAGCCCUUCACAAUUUACUCCCCCAAGUUCCUAUAACCAGGUAUCAUCUGUUUCUCCUGGACAGUAUGGUCCAAGUUCGCCAGCAAGAGGCAAUUGUCAUGGAUCUCCAUUAGGAAAAGGGGCUGCCGUCAGCCAGUUUAACAGAAAAAAGAGUUGGGGAUAUUCUGGAAGUGUACAAUCACAUGAAAGUUCAUCACCUUCUCACUGGCAAGGGCAUUGUACCGAUGCUACCAUCUCUAGCCAAGCUGAGGAGAACUCUCCAGUGCUUGGUGGUUCAACAUUGUAUGUACCGUCCAAUUCAAAUGUUGGUAGCUGGAGGCAGCAACAAGGAGGCAGUGGAAUCACUUCUGGUUACCCUGCCACUCAUAAUAUUUCCAGUUCUUCAACACUUUGUUCCAAUAUGCAAUUUCCAUAUCCCAAAAGAGCCAGUCAUAACAAGCCUGAGGCUAGUAAUUCACUGCCUGAUCCUGGAGAUUGGGAUCCCAACUAUAGGUAA